UAAAUUAAGAGAGGCAAUAAGGCGUGACAUGGAUUUUGAGGGAUAAUAUGAAUUGAAGACUGUGCUGUGUAGAAGCAGAACGCAGAAUGAGAAUGUGCAUUCACUUGGGAAACUGAAAAAUGUGGGAAUAUAUCGGUGUUAUUGAUGAGCUCUUCAAUUGUUUUAUGCGACCACUUAAUUUUAUUUAAUCAGAAACUGCUUUUGAACUCUUUCGUAUCGCAUGGUUCAACGAACUUUGUGAUUCAGUUGGGAAGCAAAACGAAGCGGCUUAAUGGAUUCAUUUCAAAAGCGGAAAAGCAUAGUAACCAUUCAAGGAAAAGCAGUUGGUGGCAGAAGUUUUUUCUCGAAGACGAUGGGAAUUGGCUUGGUUUGAAGGACGAUGAUAUGGUAGAGGCAGAGACAGAGGGCGAGAGUGAGAGCACACAAGCUUUGUCUGAGGAUGAGAAGUUUGAAGCAUGGAAGCAGAGAGCUGAAGCAAUUAUAGAGUUAAGGGAAGCCCAAGAAGAUAAAAGGAACGAAGAGUAUAGGAAAUGGGAAGAUUGGCUUUUGGAUAAGGAUGAUAACACUUCUUCUUGGAGUCAAGACUGGGACUGGGAACAGGGAAUGAAGGAUUACAGGGAGAAUGUGCGAGCUGAUUCCGGUGAUGCUCCCUCCCAAAAGGGGCUUGUAGAUUCUGUUAGGUAUUGGAUUUUUGGAGGGGAAGAUGAUGAUAUUCUUUAUGAAGACCGUGUUUUUCAUUAUGCCUCUUCUAAUUCGGCUAAAUUUUUGGCAGUGUUGAUUAUCAUACCUUGGGCAAUGGACUUGCUGGUUCAUGACUAUAUACUUAUGCCUUUUCUGGACAGAUAUGUGAAGACUGUACCACUUGCAGCACAAAUGCUUGAUGUGAGAAGAUAUCAAAAGCUUAAAAUAGUUGAGGAACUAAGAACUGAGAGGGGACGACUUGAGCUUGAGGUUGAGAUUGGUAAAUCUCCACCUCUUUCUGAUGAUGAGGUUUGGGGGGAAUUAAGGCAUAAAGCAUUAGAGUUGAGAGAGGAGUGGAGACUGGAGAAUCGCAGAGCAUUUGCCAACAUAUGGUCAGAUACAGUUUACGGGAUCUCUUUAUUUAUUCUUUUAUACUUCAAUAAGAGUAAAGUAGCUUUGCUCAAAUUUACUGGUUAUAAAAUUAUAAAUAAUAUUUCUGAUACUGGGAAGGCGUUUCUAAUUAUACUGAUCACAGAUAUAUUCCUAGGGUAUCAUUCUGAAUCUGGUUGGCAAACUUUGCUAGAGAUAAUUGUUGAGCACUAUGGACUUGAAGUUGAUCAGUCUGCUAUAACUAUUUUUAUCUGCCUGGUCCCAGUUAUCAUGGAUGCAUGUGUGAAACUUUGGCUGUUUAAAUUCCUCCCACGAUUAUCCCCAAGGGUGACGAAUAUAUUUCGGGAAAUGAAACGUCACUAGUUGGAAAGUUAUGUCUGGGCAAGUCGAUCUUCUUCAGCCAUGUGCUCUAGCCUUGUCAACUGAAACAUUUUUCAGUUUUUCUCGCUAACCUCGUAUUCUUGUAUGCAUUUCUAUAUUGCUCAAAGUCCAACAUUUUGUGUAAUAAUGACUGUUCAAUGAGUUAAGCAACUAGUUCAAGGUUCUCUCUCUCUUG